UUCUUGGCUGACCCCAAAACCAAAUUCAGAAGACUCUUAACACUCUGGAGCCACCGUAAGGACCUGCUGCUUGUGUGUAUAUGCCUCUGGCUGGCUCUGGGUAUCUAGGGAACGUGGUUCUACCUGAGACUCUUUUGAGUCCGGAGAUACACUGAGCUUGAGACUGACUCUGCAGUGGCUCUGGGUCCCCUGGCAUGCCUCCACCUAGAAGGCCGCUUUGGGUGACUUGUAAGGCACUACCAACGCCAUCUGCUCCAGAGCAGAAAGACUACUUAAUAGCCAAAAGCAGCUGCCAACUUAGGCUUCAAUGUACUCUCUCAGUUCCCUCCAGGAUGACCUGAUGUGACCACCCUUCUAGGUAAGCGUGAACAGAAGCCCAAGGAUCAGGUGCUGGCUGCAGAACAAAGAUGUUUACUUUCCACCAGGAUCAAAGGAAAGGGACAAGGCUUCACAAGAAACAGCACAUGCUUUCCUUUCAUUUCUGGAAGUCCCUGGGUCGACCUACAGAUGCUGCUCCUUCCGUGGCCGAUGGCAUUCAGACUCCUCGCCGCCGAAGGUGCCAGACAAACAACUGGACAGAACAGCUCCGCCACGGGAAGCUGGCCCCAGUCUCGGCCGGAGCAGCAGCCCCCCGGCCCCAGACCACCUCUGCCACCCCAGCCGGGAGCCUUCCCGCCUCCCUCGGUCUUGCCCCCACCACGCCACAGGGGCUGAGGACCUGGGAGCUGGUGGCAGCCGCCGCAGUGGUGCCUACGGCCUUGGGGCCGGUCCAGGCACGUGGGGCCCUGCUCAGGGCCACUCUGCAGCCCCUCCGUGGCCAGGGAGGGACCCAGGACAGCCCCUGCGCUCACCACUGUCUCUUCCUGUCGCUGAAACUUAGCCGAGGGCUCGGAAUGGAAGGCGCCACUCCCGAGCCGAGUCCGCAGGCCAGACCGGAGGAGGUGGGCGACCCCGGGGAGAGCGGGGCUCCAGAGAGCCAGGAGCUCAGGCAGCAGCUGCGGCCGCGGCCCAAGCCAGCGGCCUCCUCCCCGCGAGGAGCGAGCUACGUGGAGAUGUGUGCGUCCGCUGGGGCCCAGGGGGACAGCGCCGGCUCCAGCGCACUCGCUCUGGGGCGCUGCCCCAGAGCCCAGGGCGCCCCUAGGAGUCCCGGGGAGGAGGCCCAAGAUGAACCCAGCAGUCGAGAAGGCAAGGCCCCGGCCCCCCGGAGGAAUCCUGCCGCCUCGGAGCUCUCCAGAUCCCAGCUCUCCCGCACAGACGGGGGCAGCAACGUCUCCUCUUCCUCCUCCUCCUCCCCGGUGGACAAAGCAGAAGAAGGUGGCCUUUCCAAGAUGGAUGAUACCACAACAUCGACAGGGGCUCUGGCCACCUCCUCUUCGUCUUUAGGCUUUGAGAGUGACAGUGGUGAGAACGCAGUGAGCUGCCAGCCCAGGGGAGGAGGAGGUGGGGGGAGAGCAGGGGGAGGAGGAGGGGGGGGAGGGGCAGGCCGAGGGGGAGCGGGAGGGGGAGAUGGAACAGAGUGCAGGGACAUUAUUGCCAAGUCUCAGGGCGGCAGGGACCCCCCCAAAAAUGAGGAGGCUCACUACAUCACCACCCACGAGAUCCAGCUGAGUGAGGUGGAGCAGGACAUGGAUUUUGACGUGGGACUGGCCUCCCGCUGGGAUUUCGAGGACAACAACGUGAUCUACUCGUUCGUGGACUACGCUUCCUUCGGUGGCAGCGAUGAGACCCCGGGGGACGUCACCACCCCGACCGAAGAGGACGACGACAACAGCUGCUACCUCAGCACCACUCCUAGCACCAAUGCCACCCAGACUCCGAGCCCCACCAGCAGCGACCCGGCCCGCCCCGACGCCGACAGCAGUGGUCGCCACACCAGCAGCACGGAAGUGGGCAGCGGCCCCUCUGACAGUGACCCCACUCCCCCACCCACCGGGCCUGGCACCGCCACCCCGAGUGAGCCCUUGCCCGAGCCCCCGGAGGCAGCGUCAGGGGCAGCCGCCGCCGCAAGCAGCUGUGGGAGUGCGGCAAGCCAGAUCCUCCUAUCAAUCAAACCGACUUCCCGGGCUAUAAAUGAGCCUAGCAACGUGCGUGCAAAGCAAAACAUUAUUUAUGCUGCCAAGCAUGAAGGCGACAUGAGCCUCCGCGUCUCUACAGCUGCUGAACACAAUUCAAGUUCACUGAAGCAAGACCCGGCUGCAGCCGUGGCUCAGGACCAUGCAAAGAAAUUCAUCGCUGUCCCUGCUCGCCUGCAGACCCGAUGCGGGGCCAUCCGGGCGAAGGAGCUGGUGGACUACUCCAGCGGGGCCUCCAGUGCCGUGAGCGAACUGGACGAUGCCGACAAGGAGGUGCGGAACCUGACCUCCCGGGCCUUCCGGAGCCUCGCCUACCCCUACUUCGAGGCCCUGAACAUCAGCUCCCGGGAGUCCUCCACGCUCUCCGAGGUCGGCUUUGGGCGGUGGUCGACCUUCCUGGACUUAAAAUGUGGAGGUGUUGGAGCCAGGGUGGAGCAGAGCCUCCUGAGGAACAGUGCGGCCUCCGUGGCCGCGGGUCUGAGGAAGGGCGGUGGGGCCAGGACGGCCGCAGACCAGCUCUACAUCCAGUCCAAGAAGUCCCAGACCAAAGCCUUGGAGUUCGUGGUCAGCAAAGUCGAGGGGGAAAUCAAACAUGUGGAGACCCCGCUGUGUUUCCAGAAGCAGGUCCAGACGGGCUCCCGCGUGGUCACCCUUCUCGAGCCCAUGAAUUGCCGCAGUGACAGCAAAGCCAGUUCGGCCACUGGGCCCUGCAGAACCACCAGAGGCUCCAGCAAGGGCCCCGGGUCGGUGCACACUGACGAUGGCUCGGAGACCUCGGAGAGCAGCAAGCCUGCCUCCCGCGCCGACGGCCCCCAGAAGAAGUCCAAGUUUGCUUCCAGUCUGCUCAAAAAUGUCAUCUCCAAGAAGAUGCAGCGGGAACAUGAGUUCAAAAUGGAGAGGGGAGAAGUCAGCGACACAUCCCACCAUAACCUCUCCGGCACCUCCAAGGAGACGGCAGAGAGCCCUGCUCGGGGGGAGAAGCCGCGGGAGAGGGGCCUGCAGAGGCAGAGCUCUCGCCACUCAGAGGCGGGCUCUGAGUACACGGUGCUCAGCGUGGCGGACGCAGGUGCGGAGGGGUCCGCAGCCGAGUCUAAAUCCCCAAUCUUCAAAGCCAGUGCUCCUCGGGAGAGCGCCGCGGUCUCCUGGCGAAAUUUCCCGGAUGGACAUACGGAGGAAGUCUGCGAAAUUAAGAAGAGUGCAUCAGAGACUGUCAAAGGCAUCUUCCUCCGCAGUCAGAACAGUGCAUUCCGGUCCUGGAAGGAGAAGGAGGCAGAGAAGAGGGAAGAAAAAGCCCCCAUUGGGAAGCUGAAGCUUCCCAAAGGGGGCGACUGGAGGGCUGAUCUCGGAGAGAUCUCUGCCAGCAAGUCCACCAUCAUGUCUCGCCUUUUCGUCCCCAACAUCCAGCAGACGCCCAAGGACAAGCAGCCGGGGAAGCAGGCUACCAAGUAUCCUGCUGCCCAAGCCACCUCCAUGGCAGUGAUCCGGCCCAAGGCUCCCGAAAUCAAGAUCCGGCUGGGGAGCGUGCAGCAGCCAAGCUCGGACUUCAACAUUGCCAAAUUGCUCACGCCCAAACUGGCCAGCAGCAGCGCCUCUAACCUCUUUAAGACCAUUGAGGACAACAGCAGAGCGCAGCAGAAACUCUUCCGGGGAGACAACCUGGAAAAAGUGCCCCAGUUCCAGGUGAGAGACGUCAGAGACAAGUCCAAGGCCCAGGGCCCCCUCCACCAGGUGAGAGAUGUCAGGAAACUAAUCAAAGGGUCAGGGGACAGCAGUGACAAGGGCAGCGUUACCCCAGAGCAGGGGCUGACCGGGCCCAAACCCAGGCAGCUGGCCGCUGCAGCUGGCGGAUCCAAAUCCCUUUCCCCCAUAGUGAUUACGUGCCAGGCCGUGGUGAACCAGAGGGAAGAUAGCAUGGACCGCGAGCCGAGGGAGAACAUAGGCAAAGGUGGCAGUGGCAGGGUCUUGAAUUCCUCCUCACCGGAAGGGACAGUCUUGGUUCAUAGGGCAUCUGGCAGGCUGCCCGUGGCCACCAUUGCCCCCAAUAAGCCAGAGCAGGGAUCUUACCUGCCUGUGCUCAAGAUCGUCUCUAAGGCUUCUGCUCAGAAGACCCCAGAGAAGGCCAAGGAGGAGGAGGUCAAGGAGGAAGGGAAAGGCCCCAAGCCAUCUCGGAAUGCCCUGGAGAAGCUGACUGCCGCAGUGAGGUCCAUGGAAGAGCUGUACAGCUUCAACAGGAACGAGUGGAAACGCAAAAGUGACCCUUUGCCCAUGAUGAUGGACAGCCAUGUCCUGUCGCUCAUUGCCAGUGAGGAGAGGGAAGGGGCUGCGGGUGCUGAGGGGGACCCAGACAAGCUGGCCCGACGACUGGGUGAGCUGGAGGAGCGGGGCGCAGGAAACAAAGGCGGUGUGGUCCUGCGUGGGGGCCCCGUGGAACGUCUGCAGCGGAGAAACUCCAACCCUAGCACUGAGAGUGUGUCUGCCCGGGCAGCUGCCUUUGAGAACCUGGCCAGGGAGAGGCCUCGAUCACUCUAUAUUCCCCCAGUCCACAAGGAUGUGGAAAGAACCCAGCCCCUCCAGCCCCUCCCCCCACUCCCCAGCAACCGAAAUGUGUUCACCGUGAGUGCCAGCAGCACCCAGAAAACUGGGGGUGUCGCUGGCAAGUUCCCACAAGGGCCUUCGCCAGAGAGUCCUUCGGCAGCAAAGGGCAUCAAAUCACAGGGACUCCGGUCCCUCAAGAUCUCUCCGGCCACACGGGCACCUCCUGAUGAGGUGACCAAUAGGAAAAACGGCAGCAAUUUGGAAAAGAACAAUAGUGAUUGUGAGAAUUACCUGACCAUCCCCCUUAAAGGAAGCUCUGCAGCUGGAGAGCUUCCGGGGGGCCGGCCCGGGGCUGGGAGGGAGGGGCCGCCCGCCUCCUCAGCGACCACUCUCUGCAGCUUGCCACCCCUGAGCGCCCGCAGUCAGGUCCCCAGUAGUCCCAAAGGCUCUCAGGUCAGUGGAACCGGCCGGCCAGCUUGGCGCACCAAACCCGACAACCCCAGGGAGACAGUAGCUGCCCCCCAAGGGCCACAGAGCCCCGAGCAUCUUCCCACUGCCAUCUACCACCAGCAGCCGCUACCCUUCACCCUGCAGGGAGCCCAGCCCCAGGUCCUCUGCUUCUCCCCACCCAGCAUGCCUGCCCCAGCACCUGCAGGCCCGGCCUCAGUCCCCGCAGACCCCUUCCAGCAGCCACAGCCUCAGCAGACCCAGCGCAAGAUGCUCCUGGAUGUGACGACAGGCCAGUACUAUCUGGUGGACACACCAGUACAGCCCAUGACCCGAAGACUCUUUGACCCUGAGACGGGGCAGUAUGUGGAUGUGCCUAUGACCUCCCAACAGCAGGCUGUGGCUCCCAUGUCCCUCCCUGUGCCUCCUUUGGCCCUGAGUCCUGGGGCCUAUGGACCCACCUACAUGAUCUACCCCGGUUUUCUGCCCACGGUGCUGCCCACCAGUGCCCUGCAGCCCACGCCAAUUGCUCACACCCCAGGGAGCAGUGAGCUCUCCUCCAUGGCGGCAGAGCCCCCCAACAAAGACGCAGCUUCGACAUUCACUGAGGCCCCAUACUUCAUGGCCUCUGGUCAGUCUCCUGCCUCCUCUUCCUCCUCGGCCGCAGCAGCCACAUCCCAGCUCGUGGGGGCCAAGGGCUUCGCCCAGCUGCACGGCAAGCCUGUCAUCAGCAUCUCUUCGCAACCCCUGGGGCCGAGGAUCAUUGCGCCCCCCUCCUUUGAUGGCACAACCAUGAGCUUUGUGGUAGAACACAGAUGAUGCGCAGUCACCAGAAAGCAGAACGGAGCAGCUGCUGGAGCAAGACGGAAGAUGGACUAUUCUGUAAUCUGAAGGUUGCAUUGUAACAGCACUAAGAAUGCAUCUGAAACACUUCCUCUACAUGUGUUAUUCUUAGUUUUUGCUUCUUAUAAACCAAGUGUGUAAGUUUCUAUA